UAUUUUGGGGAAACGAUUUGAUCGUAGACAUGGCUCCUCCGGUGUCGUGCUGUCUCAGCGAUGAGGCUAAGCUCCAGCGUCGGGUCAACGAACAGAUCGAGCGGCAGCUGAGCCGCGAGCGUUUCGAAGCUGGACGCGAAUCUAAGUUCCUGCUUCUGGGACCCGAAGAGGCUGGGAAGACGACCUUCCUCAAGCAGAUCCGCCUCAUCCAGGACGGCGACGCGCGGGAGGAUCGCGCCGAGCACGUGCGUAGCGUUUACCAGUCCCUCCUAGGAGCCAUGCAGCGUAUCGUGCGGGCCAUGGACGCGCUGGGCAUCGCGUACAGCGACCCGUCGAACGCCGAGAGCGCCAUGAUGCUGGCUAGUGUGCGCUGCGAGACGCUCGAGCCUCCGCUCACGGAGCCCGUGUCGGAGGCGCUCCGGCGUCUCUGGGAGGACGCCGGUGUGCGCGAGUGCUACUCUCGGCGCGCAGAGUACGGCGGCCUGCCCCCGUUUCUCCCAGACGUGCAACGUGUGACGCGGCCUGGUUACGUGCCGUCCCGCGAGGACUACCUACGCGUGCGCACACCGUCGCGCGGCGUGCUCGAAUACGCGUUCGAACUGGACGACCAUCCCGUUCGGCUUGUGGACGUUGGAGAACAACGCUCGGAGCCCAAGAAGUGGAUCCACUGUUUCGAAGACGUGAGCGCGGUAAUAUUCGUCGCUCCCUUGUCCGACUACGACGACCUGGACAAGAUGAACCGCGCGCGUGCUCUCUUCAGCACCAUCGCCUCCAGCCCGUGGUUCGCCGAGUCGCACCUGCUGCUGCUGCUCAACAAAAAGGACUUGCUGGAGCAGAAGAUCAGACGCUCGCCUCUGGGCGCCUACUUCUCGUCGUAUCGCGGACCACCGGGUGACGCCAAGGCGGCGCGCGAGUUUCUGCGUCGCUCGUUCGCGGAGCUCAAGCCCGAACGUCCCGUCUACUACUUCUUCACGUGCGCCCUCGACACGGAUGACGUGAAGUACGUGCUGCCGACGCUGCGGGAGAUCGCCUGCCUUCGCUCCUGCCCCACCAGGGGCCGGCAGCCGUCGGACGCGUCGACGGCCAGCAAUGCGGCGGCCACCUUCCAGCUGCCCGCCUGACAGGAGGAGCCCUUCGAUUCGAUACUGCCCGCCGCUGAUGUGCUCUCAGAGGGGAGGCGGUAGGGGUGAUCGCCCCCUCCCUUCCUCUUGAGUGCUUGCCGUCCACCUGCUAUCACCAAUUAGGACAAAUGAGUGGGAUCCCUUCGAGCACGCGUUAACAGUAUUUAUGGUAUAAUAGAGUACUAGUACUUGUACUAGUAAAAACAAAAAAGUAAUGACCACGCCCCCUUCUCCGGCGUUACUU